UUGAAAGUUGUUUUUCAGUCGCUGUCUGCUAGGAGGCUCUCGUCACUGCCAACACCUCACUCUCAUUUUCGUGUCAGAGCAACUCGGUAAAGGGAGUGCUCUUCAUCUUUCUCUCUGAUUUUUGUUUGGUCUUUCCAUAUUCUGCUGAGAUUUGAUCGUUCUGUUGUUUGUGGUGUUGAAAUCUGAUAAAAUAGAGUUCUUUGAUCACAAUUUUGAGUUUUAGACUUUUCAUAUUCUCGCAGAGAAAUCAGAUAUGUGUUUGCUUUUGUAGAAUCUGUGUUAGCUGUUUCUGUUUGGGUUUGAGAAGAGUGACUAAUCUGUUUUCUGUUUAUGAUUGAUCUUAUUUCAAUUGAUACUGUUAAGUUUAAGACAAUUUCGAAAUUAACCUGAGCUACUUAGGAUCUGAGUUUUGAUUUGAUCAGUUUCUGACACUGUAAAAGUUUCCUCAAAACUGUUAUGUUUUAAAAAUAAAAAACCUGCAAUGAUUAUGUGCUGUGUUUAUUUCUGAGUGUCUGGCUGGUUUGAUUGUUUUGUCUCUGAAGUUAAAUCAUUUAUAAGAGCAUUAGGAUGUGUUUUUGGAUUUGGAAAAAGUUUUCAAUUUUGAUUAAGAAAAGCUAUGUGAGUUUCUUGCUUUGCUCCUAGCUUUGUGUUCUUAAUUAAGAUUUCAUUGCAAUAUGAUGCGUAAUGUCCAUUAAUCACUGUCAAGUUCUGUCUUUCAUACUCUUAGUUUAGUUAUGAUCUUCUUUUGUUUUGAUAUUUUCUGCAGGUAACCUUGUGAGCUCACGACAAUGGUGUUCACAGAUGCUGUAGGUCCUCUUCUUGGGGAGAUUACUUGUGGAACUUUACUGCAAAAGUUGAGGAAAUCUUGGAUGAAGUUGGUGAGAGCGAUGAGCAAGAGUGUCUUGUUUACAAGAGAAAGGUUGAACAGGCUGCCAAGUCUCGAGCCAAGCUUCUUCAGACCUUGUCUGAUGCUAAUGCUGAACUUUCCAGAAAGAGAGAGUGACAGGCUGCACAAGGUUCUUGAGUUUGUGAGCACAGUUCAUGAUCUGUGUGAAGAUGAGGUUAAUUCAGAGGAUGAAUAUGAAGAAAACACUGAUCAGUGGACAUGAGGAUAUUUUGUUGUUGGUGUUAUGAUCAUGGGGAAAUUUAUGUUGUUGGUGUUUGUUGAACUUGAUAUGUUUGGAUGGAAGUAGAUUUGUAAACUUUUCAUGUUUAAUGUAAAAUUUGCAAUUUCAUU